CAUGAUGCACCUGCCUGGGACUCUCAAUAAAUAGCUCCACAGGUAGAGCAGGAGGACAGUCACAUCUCAGCUGAGAUACAACAGCAGCAGCUCCUCUCCAUUCUCACUAAGCUUUGCUAUUGUCAACACUGAGACAUGCUCUCAUCCACCCUACAGAAUACCAAGAAACUUCAGCAGGUAUGCAGACAGCUCCACAGCGCAGCUUUAAAAGUUGCCGUUAGUCCUCAGUAUGAAGAAUCUGUCACAAAUACCUUUGCCUCGUUCAUCACUGACAUUCGCCCCGAGCACCUCUCGGACAUUGUGCGGCACAGAAGUAAGCGCAUGAUCCUGGACAACAUCGGAGUCGGCCUCGUGGGCACAACCACUCACGUGUUCAACAUCAUUCUGCAGUAUUGCCAGGAUUUGCACUCUUCUGGCUAUGGGAACACAGCUGUCAGCUCAGUGUACGGAAGGAAAGACCUAAUGCUGUCACCAACCCUGGCUGCCUAUGUCAAUGGAGUGGCGGUCCACUCCAUGGACUUCGAUGACACCUGGCACCCAGCCACCCAUCCUUCAGGUGCAGUGGUGCCUUCCAUUCUGGCACUGAGUCAGUUGCUCUCUAAAGAGAAGAGAAUCAGUGGGGAAGACCUACUAACUGCCUAUAACGUGGGGAUUGAGGUGCAAGGGAGGCUCAUGUGUUUCUCCAACGAAGCCAAGAGUAUUCCUAAAAAGUUUCACCCUCCCUCAGUGGUGGGAACCAUGGGAAGUGCUGCAGCAGCAGCAAAACUUCUGUCAUUAAACAAAGAGCAAUGCACCCAUGCCCUGGCUAUUGCGGCUUCGCUGGCCGGGGCUCCUAUGGCAAAUGCUGCAACACUUUCAAAGCCGCUGCAUAUUGGAAAUGCCACCAGACUGGGUCUGGAAGCUGCACUGCUGGCCUCAAAGGGAAUGGAAGCCAAUGCUCUCAUUCUGGAUUAUGUUCCUGGGUGUUCAGGUUUUAGUGCUUUCUAUGGAGAUUAUCAGCCUAAAUCAUUGUCACCAGCAGGAGAGGACUAUGAAUUUCUCCUGGAGAAGCAAGACAUUGCCUUUAAGUCUUUCCCGGCACAUCUGGGAAUGCAUUGGAUAGCUGAUGCCUCCGUCUCUGUUAGAAACAGACUGAUAAACCACUAUGGCUCCUUCAAUCCAUCCGCCAUCCAGUCUAUAAUUCUCAGAGUCCCGGUAUCCAAAUACAUCAACAGGCCUUAUCCCGAGUCAGAACACGAAGCCCGUCACUCUUUCCAGUUCAAUGCUUGCACAGCUCUUCUAGAUGGAGAAGUCAACAUUAGCUCCUUCAGUGACGACAACAUGCAUCGACCUGACCUCCACAGCCUCUUGAAGAAGGUGGUCCUGGAGCAUCCAGAAGACAACGUGGCCAACUUCGAUAAAAUGUACGGAGAAGUCGUCAUUGUGCUGAAGGAUGGAGAAGUUAAGAUAGGAAGAACCGACACGUUCUACGGUCACUGGAGGAACCCUCUGAGCAGGGAGUCUCUGCUGAAGAAAUUCCGCUCCAAUGCCCUACAUGUACUGGAGGAGGGUCAAGUGGAAGAUGUCAUUGAGAUGAUAGAGAAAAUGGAGAGUGUGAGCGACGUCUCUCAGCUUCCCCUAUCACUUCAGUAACAUAAAGUCACCAAUACACAGUCAUAGUUCCCCAAAGUUUGUACUGAAUAUUGACCAUCUUAAUGUGUUCAGAAACAAUUAUAUAACAUGUUGGCCAAAUUUAUGUCCAUUUCCCAGCGUUUGCCUAUGCAUAAAACUGGCACAACUUGGCCGAUGGCAGCCCUUUCUGCAGGCAGGAUAGGCCAUUUUUAUUUAUGUAUAAAUAUGUUUUUAUAUAUUUAGAUGUGAUUUCUAGCACAAGUGUAUAUUCUCAAAAUAUUAAGGGUGAUUAUAUUGCUUCCUUGAAGUACUUGGCUCUGAUCAGUAUUUGCUGUUAAUACUAUUAAUUACUAGCAUUUAUUUUUAUAGCACCUAUAAAUCAGAGCUGGAACAAACAGAUCCUUACAAUUGCCUAUAAUAGAAAUGAUUGCAAAUCACCCUCAUUGGUCUUUUGUACUGAACCCCUUUCCCAACACCCCCCCCCACUCAUUUAUUUAUUAUUUUUUAUUUUAUUACUUGAAUUAUUUUGUAUUAUUAUUAUUUCACUGUGAUCACACAUUGUUUUGCUGUUAUCUUGUGUAUUAGUGUAUAAUGUCUUUCCUUGAAACUCACGUUUUUCACACACUGAUGCUUCUGUACCUAUUUAGCCAUGAAACUGAAUGAUACAUCAUUACUGAAUGUAUAUAUUUAAAUAAUAAUAAACUUUUCUUAUUUUCACUGCA